UUGGUAACCACAAACCGGUGAGAGCACACGGCUCAUCAUUACAACCCGCACACAGGGGGCACAGGAGAUAGGGGUGGGGCACGGGAUCGCCAAAGACAAGCAAAGAGACAAUCACCGACAUAGUCCUAUCUAUUAAGAGCAGAAUCAGAAGCAGAGAGUAGCAGAACGACGACAAAAGCAGCUGUGUUUGAGGGCCAACAGGGGAGCAUCAUGGCGCUGAUUCCCUCUCAGGUUCUUCGUAUCGCCAUCCUGCUGUCCUACUUCUCCAUCCUCUGCCACUACAAGGCUUUGGACAUACCGGCUCACCAGACCUACGGAGGCAGUUGGAAGUUUCUGACCUUCAUCGACCUGGUGAUCCAGGCGGUGUUUUUUUCCUUGUGUGUGCUGAUUGACAUCUCCAGUCUGCUGACGAAAGGAGGAGACAACGGGGAGCAGGAGAGGCAGCUGAGGAAGCUGAUUGGCCUCAGGGAUUGGUUGAUGGCCGUCCUGGCGUUCCCUGUUGGAGCGUUUGUGGUGUUCACCUUCUGGAGUCUCUACCUGUAUGACCGGGAGCUGGUCUACCCCAAACUACUGGACAGCUUCGUCCCUCAGUGGCUCAACCACGGCAUGAACACUCUCCACUCCACUCUUGUGUAUGAGAUGAAGACGCUCACUGAGAGGUGACAGUGUGCAGGAACACGGCGGGAGAAAAAUAUAACGGUGAGCAAUUUGUGAGGUCAGAUUUUUUUCAAGGAGGCAUUUUUAUGAUGCAAAUGUAUUACUUUUGAACGCAUAUUGUUUUCAGAAGCCAAACUAUUUGCUUAAAUGACCCAGCAACUAAGCAGAACUACUUCCUCGUCAUGGAAAUCUGACCAGAACUGGACUCGCGGGACCACGUGAGGGGGGCUAAGUCAAUGUUGAUGUCAUACGACUUCUGUGUCAAAAAAUCCAGACGUUCCCUUUAAUACUCAAAAGUGGUAUAAACAAUUAUGCAAACAUGUCCCAAUAUGAGUUUAAAACCCAACAUUUUAAAGUUUUCCCAUAAGGCAUUGCAUCUGAGCAACGCAUUCAUUGAGGCGCUGCAAUGACGUCAGCUUCACUCUGGACUGUGGGCUCCGGGUCCUUUGGCUCCCACUGGUGCACAGAAGCAGCAUUGUAGCGCCAUUUUCGAUGCUUUCUAUUUUCCUCCAAUGGAAUGGUUUUCUUAAACGAAAAUGCAUUAUGUGAAGACUUUCAAUGUUGUGUUUUUUUUUCAUAUGAAACUCGUAUUUCUAUAUGUUUCUAUAUUUCUGAAGUAUAACGUUUGAGUGUUAGUUGCUGUGUGAUGAGUUUAAUGUUUAAGAUGAAACAGUGAGUCAGACUGUUAUAUUGAGUUAUAUUGAAUGACCUCCUGCAAUUCCCAAUGGGUUGACAAGCUCGUCGUGAGUUUUUUCACGUUAUAGCAAUCUAAUUUAUCUUAUUUAUUAUGUACUGUGUAAAACUAAGACAUGAAUAACAUCAAAUUAAAAGCACAAAAUGAAUGCCGACCCACCAUCCACCAGUUCAAGUUCCAGCCAAGUUUUUCCAGAGAGAUUAUUACAUGGCUGUUUGACGUGUGUGGUAAAAGGCAGCGCUAGCAUGAAUUAACUUGAGACAAAUGUGCACAUUAGCACUCAAUAAGUCAUCAAAACUUACCUUUAUGCAUUCCCACAUAGUAUCAGCAUUUGACACCAAAUAUGAGGUGAAAGAAAAAUGGUAAAAAUACAGUAGUAGUCUAUCUGUGCGGCAUGAAAUAAAGUUAGCACAUGCACAAUGGACAUGCAUUAAGUGAGACGGGUGUAACAGAGAGAAUUCGGCCACUUUUCAAAAUAAAACAGCAAAAAAAAAAAAUGAAAUAAUGGAAAUUAUUUUUUCUUUCUCUGUGGCCCGGUACCAAAUGACCCGCGGCCCAGGGGUUGGGGAUCACUGGUGUAUGGCAUGGCACUGUUGGAAAGAAACUUUGAAACGUUUUCUUUAGUUGAAGUACAGUUCUGGAAAGAGACCGCCUCAAGUUUGGACUGGUGGAAAGCUUGCCAAGACGUAUUAAAGCUGUGAUUAAAAAUUAGGGUUUCUGAACUCGGAUUCGAACUAUUUAAAUACUAUAAAAUACAUUCAAUAUUAAUAUUCAGUAGUGAUGGAAAUUUUGACUUUUUUUAGAGAGCCGGUUCUUUUGGCUCGGCUCACAAAAAAGAGCCAGCUCUUUUUGGCUCCAAAGUGGCUCCUCAGAUUUUUCUUGUUUUAAAUUAAUUUAUUACCAAAUUAUGUGUAUUGUGUAAAAUGAAUUACUAAUGUAAACAAUACAGGAUAUCAAAUGUUUAUUUCAAUGGAUUUAUUUAAACCUCAAUGAGCAGCUACAAAAAUAUAUUCUAAAUAAAAUACAAAAACAAAGACCCAUCUCAGUAAACAAAUUAAGUCAAAACAGGUCAAAUCUCUUCAUGCAGAUUUCUCACGAACGAAUCGGCUCUAAGAGCACCACAGCGUGUCUUUAACCCCGCCCCUCCCCCUGCUCAGUGUGGACACAGAGACGCCGCCACACAUCUUGACCAAUGACAUUCGCCUUUAACAGAAAAAAAAGACAGGGAAAAAACUAAUUGGCUCCCAAUGACACGAGCCGGCUCCUGUUGUUGAUUUCAAAGAGCCGGCUCUUUGAGCCGAUUCGUUCGCGACCGACACAUUGCUAAUAUUCAAUAAUAUAUAAUUAGAAAUAUAUAAUUAUUUUUUAAGUUGUAAUAUUAUGAGAAAUAAAACAAAAAGUAUUUUUUUGGAAAAUUAGAUUGGGGAAAAGUUAUUAUAGGAAUCAAAAGUAAAAAAAAGUCAUAACGACAAGAAGGAAUUUGGAAUAGUUGGGGGGUGGGGGGAAAACUGCAGCAGAAAUGGAAAAAAGUGCUGUAAUUUUACAAGAAUAAAGUCAAAAUGUUAAGGACAAAAAAGUGACAUUCUAGUGAGAAAAAAGUCCCCAUUUUACAAAAAUAAAUACAUAAUAUGAGGAAAAAUGUCAUUUUAGUAGCAUAGAGCUGAAAUAUUAAAGGGAAAAUUGGAUAUUUGUAAGUUGUAAUAUGAGAAACAAAACAAAAGAAAGUUGUAAUUUUUUGGAAAAUGAGGUUGGGGAAUAAGUUUUAUUAUAGUAAUGUUAUGGUAAUAAAGUCAAAAUAUGGGAAUAAAGUCAUAUUACAAAAAGAAAUGUAUGAAGAUAAUUUAAGCAAAAAAUGGAAAUAUUUGCAAAAUUUAUAUAAAAAAACAGCAAAAAUGGGGGGAAAAAGAGCUAAGCGUGAAGUUGAUACUAAUAAUAGGCUUUUUCACCUAUCUAUUUACCUAUCACAAAGCUGAGAUUCAUUUUUUUCUUUAAAUAUAUAUAUAUAUAUUAUAACUUAUAACUUCUUCGUAUAUCUACAUGUGUUGCUUUUAGGGCUGUCAAACUUUAACACGGGAAAUUUCCUUUACCUGUUUAGGAGUGGGAAUCUCUGGCCACCUCACGAUUUGAUGCGAUUACGAUUCAGAGGCCUGCGAUGCGAUGAUGUCAGUUGUCAGUUUUUUCAUGCAUAAUUUUUUUCUAUAUAUAAUUUCUUUUUGCUCCUUGUGUACUACUAAACCAAAGCUUGUUUGUAAUGAUCCACAAAUAAAAUAAACAUGAAACAGAUGAAUUUACUUCCAUUAUCGUGUUCCCAAAAUAGCAUCGAUUAUUGGAAUUUAGAUUAAUAAUCAUCAAUCUCCGUAUCGCGAUGCAUCUAAGAAUUGAUUAUUUCCCCCACCCCUUGUCCUGUUUGACCCUCGUCCCGCACCGUAGUUUGAGGAAACGCAGAAGUGGAUGUGGAGCCACAGGCGGGAACAAAUAUUGCGCCAAAAUGGACAAAGAAAAGGUUAUUUUGAAUGAUCAGUUUAGCUUCAAGGCCCUGACAGAUAGCUCAACAACACCAAAGUUGUUUGUAUCUGCUGUCGCUGUGAGUUGAGUACAUCGACUGCCAGAGAGAAGUGAGAAGGUACUGUAGAACUGCCCGUAUUUUUUUUGUCAUUUAUACAGUGGUACCUUGGCAUACGAGUGUCCCAACAAACAAUUUUUAGAUUCGAGGCGUCUCUCGGCUGUUUUUUUUUUUUGUUUUUUUGUUGUUGUUUUUUUUUGCUUUGAACUGCGAGCUAAAAUUUGGGUUAGGACCUGCUAGUUACAGGCAGGCACAGCUGAGGACAGCUAUUUGGAGCUUGACCAUUGUCGGUGUCACUGCGCGAUACAUACCGUAAACGCGAUCGGUUCUGCACAUGUGCAAGACCUACGUCAAUUCCUCUAUUUGCAAAUUUUGAAGACAGUGCUUCUGCGCUGUGGUAUUUUAAAAAUGGGAUUAAUCGCGAUUAAAUAUUUUAAUCGAUUUGACAGCCCCAGUUGCUUUACCAGAUAUUGAAGUUGCAUCUUUUCAUUUUUCACUAUGUGGCCCUUGCUGGAAAAAGUUUGGACACCCCUGAUGUAAAACUAUAAAAAAUGUGUUUUGUGCUAACAUUUUUGAGAGUGAGAGCUGAUGACAUCAUAGACGGGCGAUGUAACUUCCGGUUCCGGGACAUUUUUUUAAACUAGCUAAUAGGACGCUAACAACGAACGACAUUUUGUGAUGUAAAAAAAAAAAAAACCCACAGUUGUGCUCACACAGUGUAUUAACAACACGACAAGACACGAACCAUAUUGUACGCUAACCAAGGCAAAAUUGUGCCAUAAAUUUUUUACACUAACACGCAAACCAAGGUUCCACUGUACAUCAAAUUUUAUAUAAAUGCAUACCAGUUUUGGAGAUCAGGGCUAUUAUUUCAUUUAAAAAAAUAUAUAUAAAUCCCACAGUUUUGUCUCAUUAUGUCUCGGCGAGCUGUGACCCUUCUUACUUUGUUCGGUGGUCCUUGAACGCACCAUAGUUGUGUCCUCCGUCUUUUACUGUAUUUUAUACUGUAUUUUUCCCCGUUUUUGUCUUUGUGUUGUUUUUCUUUUAAGUGUGUGUACACUACACUUGAAGAAUGUUUUUUAUUUAAAGUAGCCAUGCCCAAUAUUUGGUAUUUACCUAAUUCACAUGAUGCGUUCAUUUAUUAACAAGAGAGUUGUUUUUCCUGUUCUCUGUAUCUUCGGUGUCAUUUUAGAUUCAAGAACUGAAACUAAAAGUGCUUCUAGUGCAUUUUUGGAACGGUUUGCACUAAAGGAAAGAAAGAAGAAUUAAAGAUUGAAGUCUCUGCAGCUAGUACAUGAAUUUUCUUGUAUUUUAAAUGUAUCUGCACUGCUUCUACAAGGCUGUACGCUUAGCUCUUUCACUAGCAGCACAGGUGCUCCUAAAUUUAAAAAAAAAAAAAAAAAUUGGAGCACAGAAAACUAUUAGGAGCAAUGUGAAAAUUCUUAAAUAACACAAUUUUUUUCUGAAGACUCAAACGCCGUACACAGUAAUACACGUGCACUCAUUAGGGCUGUCAAAAAAAGCGUGUUAACGGCGGUAACUAAUAUAGUUCAUUAAUUAUGUUAAAUUUUUAGCGUAAUUAACGCACAUGCAUCAUGGCAAGCCGGCGGCACAGUGUAGGUCCUCAGAGUCGCAUAGUGUCUGAUGCUCUUUUAUAACUUUAUUCUUACCAUCAACACAUCAACAGCAGUGCAAUUCCAACACCAUAUAUGUGUCUCCUACUCCAAACACGUCUCUGGGCCAUUCAUUGCAACAACACUUCCUCAUUGUCACGAGACAGACCGCAAGAUGCGUUCACGGACAGUCCGAACAUCACAACAACGUCUUUAUCGUGCAUGUUUGGGUGGUCUAAAUAAACAGAAAUGCAAUGAUAAUCAAUAAGUGGAUAAACUUGUCACUCAUUUUAUAACUCUUAAUGCGGAAGUACAAUUUGCUGCAUUUAGGUGUGCUCGGAAAUCCCAGAAAAUUCACUCAAAACGUGAAUUCAACUUAAAUGACGUGGUGUCUUUGAAAGCCACUCCUCAUUGCUCAUAAUAACAGUCUGAUUCAAAUAUUCUGCUAUUAAAGAAACCAGUGUUGGCUAAAUAUAUUUUCAGACAUGUGUGCCAUCUCUUAACUUGAUUUAAAUUUUAAGUUAAUUUAGCGCCGUUAAUGCAUACAAAUGUAUACAGUAUAUAAUCCUGCCCUGUCAUUUAUCUUUCUUUCAAUAAAUUACAGUAAAAAGUUGCAAUUUUUACGAGAAUAAAGCACUAAUAUCAAGAAGACAAAUAUCGUCAUUUAGUAGCACAGACUUUAUAUUAAAGUCUACUAAAUAUUAAAGAAAAAAAAAUAUUUUUUAAAAAGUGGUAAAAUUAGAAAAUAAAACAAAAUAAAGUUGUUUUGGGGAAAAUUAGGUCGGGGAAAAAAGUAUUAUGGGAAUAAAGUCAAAAUAUUACAAAAAUAAAAGAAGGUUGAAAUAUUUGGAAAGAGGAGCAAAGAGCAGGCAUUCUUUUACCUAUAUGACAACGCUGAGAUGCAGUUUUUUCUUAAAAUGUAUAUACUGUAGCUUCUUAGCAUACCUACUAAAUACCAAAGUGGCCCUUGCAUCCUUUCAUUUUCAGUCUCAGGCCCUCGCUGGAAAAGGUUUGGACACCCCUGACCUAAUUCAAUAUAUUUAACUCAGCUUUGUGUUAUAGGCGAUAAAGCAAGUUUUCUAACUGUUCUGAUGUGAGAGAGUGUUAAUUAUGUGUACAAAUAAAAUAUGAUCCGCAGGCCGCAGUUUGGACACCCGUGCGUGAGUUGCUGUAGAAGUGACGUAUGUGUUCAAGUGUUGAUGUCAUUGUGCUGCAGCAGAUAAGCUCCUUAAAGUCUGCAGCAAAGUCAGCACAACUUUACUUUUCAUCGUUAGGGUUCAAGUGGAGUUCAAACCGUUUCAAAGCUUUCCGACGGCAACCUUUGACCUCAUGAAGUUGGCUGCAGCCGCCUUUGUAUUCAUGUCUGUAAGCGCAGAUGUUUGACACCCAGAUUCCUCUACUCACAGAUACAGAUUCCUCUACUCACACCUAAUCACCCCCCAAAAUGGAUAUGCAUCACAAAUCAUGUACAGUACAGUGUAUGUACAGUUCCUGCUUCCAUUGUUCUCUUGAGGAACGUUAUGCCAUCUCAAAACACAGGUUCCAUCGUAAUCGUCUGAGUGAAGUUUUGUAAAGUCUCCAUUUCUCCAUGUCAGCACCUGAUGGCACCGCCCUCUGUCAUGUGACCCGUCCACCCCCACGGGUUAGCUAUCUCAGUGUGAUAUUGUCCCACAUUUAGCUCCAGACCACAGGCUCCUACAGCCGGGUGGGGGGGGGGGAUUUUCCACAGAGACAAACAAAAAGGUGGCUGCGUGGGCCAAGCCGCAGACCUCAAAGGGGGGCCAGGCAGGGUGAGGGGUGAUGAAGGUGAGGGAGGGACAACAGGCAGAAAGACCUAGAAGCAUUCAACCGUGACGAGUCCGCUUAUACUCAAAGUCCACAAAUUGCUGAAAGUGCAGAGUCUGGGUGUGGUUGUGCAUGUGUGUACAGUAUAAUGAUGGGAGGGAAAGGUAACAUUUUAAGGGCACCCCCCGCCCCCCAGUGAGAGCUUUUCUCCCUACGACGGAACAUGGUUGCACAUAGUUGACCUUGCUAGCGUUGUCAGGUGACUGCGGGGGAAGCAAGCACUGAAGGCGUGUUUGCUUUUGUUUCCUAAAACACACAAGAAUGCAGGAACGUGCACACAAUGACGGUGUGUGUGCAUGCGACGAUGACACCUUUUCUGCUGGGGAAAAAAACUCCACUGCAAGAAAAGCUCAUAUUGAAUUUUCUAUUCAUUUAUUAGACUUUUGAGUAAAUUGCCUCUUUAUGUGCCUCAUUUCACCUCUGAUUCCAACACUGGUCUGAUGUUGCCUUCUUCUAUCCUAGUACGGGUCCAAAGUGCCAUUUAUUUAUUGUUCCUUGGCAUAUUGUAAAAAUAAAAUUAAGUGACAUGUACUAUUAGAUAUUACAAUAAUUAGCAGAGGGAGGGAUAGAGAGAGGGAGAGGGUGAGAGAGAGAGAGAGAAAGAGAGAGA